AAAAUUAUAGGUCAGUCAUGGGAUGACUUAAUACCGGCUCUGUUGAAUGCCUCCGAGAAGUAUCGACUCAAAUUGACAUUCCAUAUGGAACCGUACAAAGGGCGUAAUGCCACAACGAUUCACCGUGAUAUUGUGUACAUAACAAAAACCUAUGGCACACAUCCGGCACUUUACCGAAGGCUACGAAGCACCGAUAGUAAAAUAAGUGAGCAUUUUGUUGCGUAUAAGCCGUACUCUUUUUCAGACGUAAUGAAGGAAGGUCGACCUUUGCUGUAUUUCUACGAUUCAUAUUUGGUUAGUACGGAACAGUGGAAAAUGUUGACGACGAAAUCGGGUAAACUGUCUGUGAGGGGAACGGCAUACGAUGUGAUAUUUAUUGGACUGCUGGUGAAAGCUGAAGAUAAAUUCAUAUUGAGCGAAUCUGGUUUUGAUGGUAUUUACACGUAUUUCGCCAGUGAAGGAUUUUCCUAUGGUUCAACACCGGCGAAUUGGCCAUCGAUCACUACUUACUGCAGGAAGAACAAGAUGUUGUUCGUGCCAUCGGUUGGUCCAGGCUAUGAUGAUAUUCGUGUUCGGCCGUGGAAUGGGCAAAAUACGAAGAAUCGAAACGACGGCGAGUAUUAUUCGCGAAUGUUCAAAAUGGCGCAUACUGCAAGGCCGGACAUUCUAUCGAUAACCUCGUUCAAUGAGUGGCAUGAAGGAACUCAAAUUGAACCCGCAAUGCCAUUCCACGACAACCAAACAAAUUACACUUAUCAACAGUACCCGAAAGGCCCCGAACAGUACCUGCACUUAACGCUGGACCUCAUCAAGAAAUAUUUCAUGCCAGCUCAUCAAAUCGCACCUGCCAAAAUUGCUAAUAUCGUCUAG